AUGUGGCGCAAGCGCAAGGCCCCCUCUCCUGUGUCUACGCAUACUACAGACCAACAUAGGAAAAAGAAGCGGAAACAAAAGUACUUCGUUAUCUCCAGUGACAACGAGAGCAAGGACAGCCACGAAAGUUCCGACUUGGCGGAGGACGAGUGGCCCAUCAACUGUAUACUUGACGAGACAGAGUCCCAGUAUUUGAUAGAUUGGGAAGGACCUUGGUCACCAACUUGGGAACCGAAAGAGCACGCCAACGAAAUUGCCGUUCGGACUUGGGAAGACAAGAAGCAGCAACGUCCGCAAAACGUAAAUCGACUGUCUGAAUCCACAAAGAGUGAGUCGUCAGCACCGCGCGCUCAGGGUCGCAACGGGGAAGCCUGUCACCCGCCCGAGCCACACUCUAGUCGCGAGCGAUCUCCGUUAUUUGUCCCGGUUGAUACCAUAUCAGAAACCCCUCAGGCUCAGGAAACCAGCGGAGCUAUAGACCACCCAGAGCCGAGCCCGUCACAGUUACCAGGGCCUCAAGUUUCUAGAUCCGAGCGCAGCGGUGCAACCAUCUUCAAACUUAAGCAGCCGACACCGGCUACGCCUGGAGUCACAGAUCCCUUUGAAUACGCAGAAAGUCCUAUUCCAGCAGAGUAUCUACUUUCUGGAGAAUUUUUGCAUAGCACAGAUAUUUCUAGAGAGGCCUCCCUAACUCCCAAUAGGGAAGACCCGAGGCCUGACGGGCUUCUAGCAUCCGACACAACUGGCACUUACAUGCCCCCCAAAUCGGCUGGAUUGUCCGCCAAUAAAGACCUGCUUGCUGUAUCAGUCGGUAGUCGGACCAAGGCAGAAAUAGCCGAGACCCCACCUCACCCACCAAGUGUUCCUGAGAGCCAAAGGUUGCGGAGCCACCCCGAAUCCAACAGCGCGGACCCCCAGGGUUCUGCUAAAUCAUUUGGCUACCAGCCUGUUUAUAGCACCCUCGUCCCUCGGGUACGCCUUCCUGGCGACUUCCCAAGUGGUUCGGCCUAUUCCCCAAUUCUGUCGAAAUCAGUUCCGGGGUCAAUCACCACACGUUCGGUUAGGAGUGGAAUACGGAGCCAAGAAUCCAUACACAUACCGCAAGCCCGUGCAGCUUCGGUAAUUACCUUCAAAGAUAUGGACGAUCAAAAGAAAGAGGUCCGGUCCUUAUCCGAGACCAUGGAGAAAUAUAGCCACUAUGAGGGAGCAACGCCAAGGGAAAAGUUGCGAAGUGCAUACGCCCAACUCACCGCCAGAGCCAGUGCCGGGCCCUCUCAAAAUGUCGAUGUGAGUGCCACUCCUUCGUCUGCAGGGGACAUCGAGCCUUCAGCACCCCCUCCUGUGCCGGAAGCAACGGCGCCUCUUAGUGUUAGAGUCGAUAAAGAGCCGGGCAGCCACACACGAACGGAAGCCGCUCCAGCGAUUCCGGAACCAGUCACAGGACCAACUGGACUGGAACCUACUCAACACCCUACUGUUCAAACGAUUCAACCCAGUGCACUUACGGUAAGUAACGCCGAGCAAGUGCUUCCGGGUUCAGUCUGUCUUGGCCCGUGUGAAUUCGCUGUACCACUUCCUAUGGAUUCUAGAGUUAAGGAUGACUAUGAACGUGUUGUGGCCAGUGAAUCACACAGUAUCCGGGAAUUCCUUAGGAUCUCGGAUCCUCGCGAAGAGAGCGCUGAGAAUGAGCUUGAGCGCCUUGAACCGAAAAUCCGCGAUGUUCUCAAACAUCUAAGCAACGUUGCGACCCACCCCGAUCUAAACAUCAAUGAUCAUAUCAAAGACUCGAGAUCAGAUUUGGCGAAAGAAGCUGCGUGGGCCGAGUAUUCAAGUGCAAAAUUUCUCUUUCUCGCCUACGUCGUGGAGAUUGCGAGCAGCCGCGAUAUACACAUUGUGAUUCUGGUAGAUGAAGAGAAAACCCAAGACGUCGUCGAACGCUAUCUGAAAGGCAAGGGUCUUGUAUACACACGGCCACGGGAAGAAAUGGGAAUUGGUACGAACCAGGAAGUUUCCAUGACCAGAGACUGUUUGAGCUUCGGAAUUCAGUCAUCGCGCAACGACGGAGUAAUGGAAACAUACAAAAGACCCUCUGCUAUCGUUGCACUAGACUCAUCUUUCAAUGCAAAGAACCCAUCGGUCGAACAUAUGCGCACCACUUACGCUCGAAACGGAAGUUUACUACCCGUGAUCCGGCUCAUUGUUGCCAGUUCAAGCGAGCAUGUCGAACUCUGCUUCCCCAACCUUGCCGAGAUUCAACAGCUGCGUUUGGUCGUUUACUAUACUAUGCAGCUUCGUGAUCUGGUGGGUGAUCUUCAGGACGACGCUCUUGGUGUGCGUGAAGAUGUAGAGGAAAUUUUGUCCUCUCUACUGUCGGAUAAUUUUGAAUACCACUGGCCAUUGCCUCUGAUUGAGCCACUGCAUAUAGUGAGCUCCAAGGAGCUUGGUUCUUUACGGAUUGGAGGCCUUAACGAGGCGAAUGCCGGUAGCGCUCCACCCCUGCGGGCCUUGAGUCAAAAACGUGGAAUUGAAGUGGAAGGGACCAACGAACAGGUUUCCAAAAGAUUUAGGCCGGGUGUGUCACAAGACGCUAGCCAGUUCACUGAUGGGUCGAACGUGCAAAGUCAAACGUUGGAUCGCGAUCUGCAAACGUUGGAGAAACACCUGAUUCAAAUGAGAGCUUCACAUGCCGCCGAACGCGAGAGUCUGCGGGAGUCCUUGGCUGCUGCGGAGUCUCGCCUACUAGAAAGGGAGAAAGUCCUCGAGUCGCUCCAGCAUCGCUACGAAAGUCGGACCAAAAAUCUCCACCAAAUCCGACAGGAACGGGAUCGCUUAGUUGAAUCCAAUACAGCUUCUGAGCAACGAAUCCAGAGGCAGAAGGAAGAGAUCGGCAAAUUGAAGGAUGAGCGCACCCAGCUCCGACAUGACCUGGAAAGCGCUAGAGAGCGGCUGAAAACCGGAGGAGGAACUGCAGCGGAGCUGGAGUCAUCGCAGGAGGAAAUUCGGCGCUUGACCAAGGAAAAUGCAGCCUUACAACGCAAGGCGGAAUACGAAAGCAAGCAGACGGAGUAUACUCGCGAGCAAUAUCAGACUGCAUCCACCGCGGCCGCCCAAUCCGGCAACGAAAGCCGUCAACUCCGAGAAGAGAACGAGACGUUGAAGCGAAAGGUGGCUGCCGACGUGAGCCGCCUCAAAGAACUCAAUAUGAAGAACGAGGAAAGCCGGCACCUGGCACGGAUCGCCGAACUUGAAACUACGUUGUCGAACCGCGACGACCUCUUGCGCAGGAAAGAAGAAGAGCUGCGGGAGAUUCGCAAGAACCGUCCAUCGACACGGUCCACCAGCACGCAGCCUCGAAGUCCCAAGUGGACUGCCGGAAAUAGUCGGCCUACGAGCCCUGGGAUCAAUAACAACGGCUCGACCUUUGCCGGACGGGGCAGCGCACUGAGAUUUAGCUCGGAGAUGUCGCUUUAA